AUGCCUCUUGUGAAGCCUGAGCCAGAGGUCAACGAGGACACUCGCGUCCUUGGUUACGAUCCUUUGCUCUCUCCUCGCUUCAUCCAGAGCGAGAUUCCUUCGUCCGCUGCUUCUGUUGAGACAGUCCGGUCUGGCCGCAAGCAAGCGAUCGAGAUUAUCGAGCAGCGUGAUGACCGCCUCCUGGUUGUCUGCGGGCCAUGCUCCAUCCACGACCCUGACGACCCGCCCUCGAGACUGCGCAUUUCGCGCAAGCUCUACGCUGACCUGACCGGCAUGGGCAUGCCCAUUGCGAGCGAGAUGCUCGACACCAUCUCCCCGCAGUAUCUCGCGGAUCUGAUCUCUCUGGGAGCCAUUGGUGCCCGCACGACAGAGUCACAGCUGCACCGGGAACUUGCAUCCGGCCUGAGUUUCCCGAUCGGAUACAAGAACGGCACGGACGGCAAUCUGGGCAUAGCGAUUGACGCGAUCGGUGCUGCCGCUCACCCGCACCACUUCUUGGGCGUCACCAAGGAGGGUCUGGCUGCCAUCACCAAGACGUCCGGGAACGAGCACGGCUUCGUGAUCCUCCGUGGAGGUAACAAGGGCACCAACUACGACCGCGACAGCAUCAAGAGCGCACGGGAGGCGCUGCGCAGUCGGAACCAGCGUGAGAUCCUGAUGGUGGACUGCUCGCACGGCAACUCGCAGAAGAACCACCGGAACCAGCCGAUUGUCGCCAAGUGCGUGGCCGACCAGCUGCGCGAGGGCGAGGAUGCCAUCAUCGGCGUCAUGAUCGAGUCGAACAUCCACGAGGGCAACCAGAAAGUGCCGCCGGAGGGUCCAUCCGGACUGCGCAAGGGCGUCAGCAUCACGGAUGCGUGUAUCAGCUGGGAGACGACGGUGGACGUGCUAGAGGAUCUGGCCGAUGCGGUGCGGGCUCGACGGGCGCUGAAAGCGAAGACGAAUGGAUACCUACCUACCUACCGACAACAAGACCAGAAGAAGUCAAUAUUGGUGAAGAAGAAGAUGAUGUCGUCAAGACAACAACCAGACAGACACACAGGCACAGACAGACAGACAAUAAACAGAAACAAGAACAAGAUCAAGAUCAAAAAUCAAAAAUCAGAAAUUCCCCGUCCAAAGCAAAACAAUAACAAUAAAAAGGGCAGAGAAAAUAUCUAG